AAGAGAAGUCGGAAGUGGCUUCCAUAUUCCACACAGUCAGGCGUUUUAUGGUUUUCCUACUCUGCGACAUAAUGAUUAUAUCCAUAACGCCAAAAUGAGCAAGCUAUUAAUGGACCAUGGUUCCCUUCCUCUUUCCUCUCUCCGUCUUAUCGUGCCCCCUUUGCAGCUUGUGUCUGCAGCUCUGUGGGAGAUAGUGAAGCAGGGAGCUGUGAUGUACUAUGGUCUGCUGGAGGAGUUCGUUACCUCCGUGCUGGAAACAGUCCCUGAACUGCUCACAUACACAGAGAGAGUCCAACUAUCUAUGGGCCUACGUGCAAAGUCUCUUUCUAUGCCAACAGGUGGUGCUGGAGUUGUGCAGCAACAGUGAUUUUGCCAGCCCACAGGCCAUCCAGCCUCAUCUGAGCAGAAUAAACACCUACAUUACAAACCAGGAUAAAGAGACUUCCAGCUCUGAGGUAAAAGCAUCAGUGACAAACUUCCUGAAGCUUGUUCAAACUCUAGUGGAUGAUCAACGUCAGAGAGAUACAUUUUAUCAGAAAAUCUUUCCAACAGUGUUCGGCCCUAGCUAUGACUCAGCCCUACUGGCUCUAAUGAGAAAGUUCCUCUUCAAUCUGCAGAAGCUUUUACCUGUUCCAAACCUUGAACAAGCUUCCAUUUGGCUCAGUCUCUCUCCUUCUAUCUUGAAAGAGUGUGUAGACUUCCUGAAUCAACCUGAGCCCCUGAAUACACUCAUUCAGCAUCACAAACAUCAUGGCCACAAAGUUCCACAAGCUUUAUCUUCCUCCGGUGAUGAUUGCAUUCUUUCCAGCCUGUCCUAUCACCUACCACACGUGGACAGUGACAAAGGAGACACACUUGGCAGUGAGUCGAAAAAGAAGAAAGAAGAAAACUCCAAGGUGAAAAAAUCAGAAUUGUUGCGGAAUAGCGAUAGAAAUGGACAGAAGCAUGUUAUUGAUCUGACUGAAGACCAAGGAGCUUCUGUUGAAGUAAUACUUCAACCUUUUGAUGAAAGUGAGUCUAAUGAUGAUGAGGACGUGGACAAAGAAUGGUCCCACCAUUUGAAAACUGGCAGUACGACCUCCUCAAAAACCUUCAAGUGUCUUGUCUGUGGCAAAGAUUUUGGUUCCCCAAGGAAACUAAAGGAACACAAGAUUAGCCACAGUGGUUGCUGUACAAACCCAACGAGGCAGUCAAAUUCUGUGGGCCAAAGUAGCUUUUUUGAGAAAAUAAAUUUACAUCCUAAACCAAAGACAUUUGAGAAUAAUGCUUCUAGAAGUGAGAAUAGGCUUUCACCAUGUGCAAGUGCCACAACAUAUAACCCAUCAAAUCUACACAGUCUUCAGAAUUUUGAGCGGUCUAAUGAUGCUUCUAGUCUUGUUUGCCAUGUUUGUGGCAAGGCUUUCACUUACCCAAAGAAUUUUGACAAACACCAGAGGACUUGUGUGGUUAGUAGUAAACGACAAGCCGAGACAGACCCACAGUGUUCCACAAGCUUAGCUCAUCACUCCAAACCAAAUCCUGUUGAUAAGACCAAAGACUCUUUCUCCACUGAAAUUGGGCUUUCAAAUGGUCUACCCCAGGAAUCAAUAUCUUUGGACUCCCCACAACAGCAGAUGUGUAAAAGAAGCAGUCGUGUCAAACAAUGCUCCGCAUGCGGGAAGGUAUUUACUUGUUCUGUCGACUUGAUGAAGCACAUGAGAUGUCACACUGAACACGGUCCUUACCUUUGUUCCUGUUGUGAGAAACACUUUGACAACUAUGAAGACUGCGAGACGCACCAGGAAGGUAAAUGCAGCGUUUCACACCAGCAUUCGCAAGACAAUUCAUCGAGCAACGCGAAUAAAAGGAAUCGGGAGAAUGCCGUUGUUUCAAGCGGUAUAACUCCGAUCCCAACAACCCGAGACGCAUCUGCCAACUCGCAGGCUAAGUCACCUCUGACGUGUCAAGAAUGUGGCCAGGCUUUUACUUACUACAAGAGUUUUGAGAAGCACCAGAGCAGAUGUUCCAAAAGAGCUCCUCGAAGGAAAGAGCCAACAAAUGCAAACCAUUGCGUUAUCAAUGCUUGUAAUUUCCGAUCAGCCGACAAUUCCAAUGGGAGACAUGCUGAGGCAAGUCCUGAAACGAAGGAAAGUGAAACUGCAAAAACUCUGACCUCGGCAGAACACGCAGAUGACUCCCGGACUGAGUCUCGCGCCAUCAAGUGCACCAUGUGUGAGAAGAACUUCUCAGAAAUUGUCCUCAUGAAAAGACAUUAUUCCAAAUCCCAUAAAGUUAGAGGCUCAUACCCCUGUCCUCUGUGUAAGAGAACUUUUGUGAGGUUGUGCGAGUUGGUUCGACAUCAGCAAAACAAAAGAUUGUACCAGUGCGGCGCCUGCAAGAAAUGUUACACAAAGCCAGGACUACUAAAUGAUCAUGAAAAAGUCCAUAGCGCGAGUGUGGCACCACGCAUCUGUGAAACGUGCGGGAAAAGCUUCAAAUCUCUCGCUCAUCUGAUUCUGCACCAGAGCAAGCAUAGAGAACGGCAACCUAGUGUUUGUUCCGACUGUGGGAAACAGUUCAGUACGAAAGACUGCCUGAGAGCGCAUAUGGUGAGGCACACAGGUGGUUACCCGUGCCCUGUCUGCGGGAAGAAAUUCUACCAAAAAACGUACCUUAAAUGGCAUCUGUAUAAACACACGGGGCAAGAGCCGUACCUUUGUGACACGUGUGGGAAAGGCUGGCCGAGUGCAGCUCAGCUCAAGCUUCACAUGAUCGAACAUACGGAGGAAAGGCCGUUCAAGUGCGAGGACUGCGGCGCGUGUUACAAGAGGGGAUCCCAUUUGAUGGCUCACCGCAGAGCCAAACAUAUCAGGUUGCGGCCAUUCGCGUGCGAGGUUUGCAGCAAAGCCUUUAGAUUAAACGGUGAGCUGAAAAAACACAUGAUGGUUCACACAGGGGAACGGCCAUUCACGUGUCCAAGGUGUGACAAAAGAUUCACGAGAAAUUCUCGCCUUAGGGAACACAGAGAAAAAGCAUGUCUGUAACUUCAUGCCGUUACUUACUACAUACUUGUACUUUAUGAUUCAUAUGCCAUACUACACUACAUAAGUACAUGUACGUAAGUUCUAUCAUCAACUAUGUCUCAGUGCUGUAUAUCUACAGUGCCUUGCGAAAGUAUUCGGCCCCCCUUUAACUUUUCGACCUUUUGCCACAUUUCAGGCUUCAAACAAUGUAAAUUUUUUGUUUUGUUUUUUGUUUGUUUUUUUUAAACCAAAAAUGCCAUACAUUGUGUCGCACCGGCUUCUUAAAUGUGAGGAUUUGCUUCUCUAUAUUGUUUCAUAUCAUACCUUUAGGUUUAAGCUGUUGGUCGGAUAAAACAAGCACUCCGAAGACGAUACCUUGGGCUCUGAGAAAGCGGCAGACAUUUUUCUGUUAGUAAGUUAUACACCAAACUAUCAACCGAUAAAUUGAGAAAAUAAUUGUCAUAUUAUUUGAUAAUGGAAAUAAUAUGGCAGUUAUGGGAACUUGUAUAUUAAAAAUUCCCAGAGCUGUAGAUAUCUUCUUGACAGUGCUUGUGUUGGGAUGUCAAUUUAAAAUGAUAGGAAGGCCAUUUUUGCUUUGUAGAUUACUUAUUGGUUAAUCAAUCGUAGUUUCAGCACCAGUGUACGUAUUGAUACAUUUAACCUUGUGCAGUAGCCUACUGUUGCAUAAAAAGCAUUGCUCCACCAGAGAGCAGUGGUGCUCCAGGGACUGCCUCCGUUUGAUCAGCCAGAGUCAAACUGUAUUUUAUGUACAGUAUCUAGAAGUUUAUUUAACCGUUCUUCAACAGACCACAUCCCAUGCAACACAUUUUUUUUUAUGUCAAACUGAAAAUGACUUGGUCUGCAGAACAUUUUGAUUUUGGAAGUUGUUACAUAUGACUGUAAUCUUCUUUAAGUUUGCGAGGAUAAAGAUGCAACAGUGCUACUGUAAAUCUUUCAUUAGAUCUGUUGUCUACAACAUCAGA